AUGAAUUCUAGAAAAACGUCACAAAAGAAAAGCAGUGUGCAAUCUCAACCGCCAACUGAAUCUCCAAGGCCGCAAAAAGUCGAUCCAAAGUCGAAAAAGCCGGUUUCGCUUGGCAGCACGCCGAAUCCGAUACUUGGAGUUUUUGUAGCGAUUGCCCGAAAAAUUUUGUUCAUCGAUACCGCCCGUGUCGCCAUAUUUUAUUUGGCAUUCAUCACAUUUCUUUCACUAAUCGAAAAAUGGUUCGAAUUCGAUUCGUCCUAUUAUCUUGUACAGAAGCACAGUGUAUUUAAUCAAUACGGCGUGAAAAUUGGAUGGUUCUGGACACUCGUCGUCGUCGGACCAUUCGUCUACUUUUGCUCGAAAGCUCAUUAUCGUGAUCGCGACAUGCCUUAUAUCGAUUUAUGCCGGUUGGGAGUUGCUACGUUCUUCUGGUGGAUUGCUGUCAAAUUCUUCCAUUUCUUCACCGCUAGCACUUCGGUGUGCAAUUUAGGCGUCAGAUUGACCAGAGAGCAAUGUUCCGCCAAAAAAGGCGUCUGGACGCCUGGCUACGAUAUUUCUGGCCAUUGCUUCCUAAUGCUUUACAGCAUUUUGAUUAUCACCGAAGAGGCGAAAGCAUUCCGACGGUAUAUGCAGGUGACAGCACAAGUUGAGCCCGAGCAUCGCGAGCAGCAUGACAUUUUGACGAGACGAAUUCAAAUUUUCUUCGUUGCCAUGCUUGUCCUUCACGCGUUUUGGUUCAAACAGCUCAUCAUCUCUGUCAUUUACUAUCAUUUUUAUGUGGAAGAGAUCGUCGCUGCUCUUGUAGCCGUUUUCUUCUGGUUUAUCACCUACCGAAUGGCGUAUCCCGUCGGAUUUCUGCAAUCGCCAAUUAAUCGCGGGCCGCGCUAA